AUGACUCCCUUCCUUCCCCUGCAGGUAGAUUUGCAAAUGAACCAGAAUGCUAGUAACUAGAAUUUGCUGUGGAAAACAUCAACAGAGACGCUGAUAUUUUGCCCAACAUCUCUCAGAUUCCGUAUUUUACGAUGCCUACCGCAGUGAUGAUGGUCUGAGCUAUGAUUUCCAGUGAAAGAGCAGGAAGAACUGAUGGAAAAUCUACAGAAGUAGAUGCAGCAAGAUGAGGAUCCUGAGUAGAAGGUGGAAUUUAAGUUUAAAGCUCUCCAGUGUCUACCACAUACUCUUUAGGAACCACACUCAAGACAGGCAUGAACUGGUCCCACUGGGCCACAAGAUCCGCAGAGGACAGUGCUCACACAGACACCCCCCCACCUCCUCCACAGCAAGACAGACUGACCCACCAUGGAUGCCCAGUCCACACAACACAGGUGACACUCGUCAGCAAGCUCGGAGAUCCCUUACUACCCGAGACAGGAUCCUAGCACUAAGAAAAAAAAAUCAAGAUGAAGAGUAAAGAAGAGCUGGAAAAGAAACCUCUAGAAACGGACAGAUUUUCAAAAUCCUUGAAGAUGAUGUGUACUCUGUGACCAACAGGCCUUGGGACUGGAGCGGGGCAGAGGUGAGGAAAGGGAGCUAGACCUAGACCCAGCGCUGGACCAAGACAGAAAAGAGGAAAUAGGUGGCACAGCUCCUUCGAGAAGCACAAAGUGGACAAGGAGCCCAUGGACAAGGGUCCAUGGUCUGCCAGAGAGUUGAACAAUUCCAUCUAAAAAAAAGUUGGCUGGGCCUCCUGGCUGGGAAGGAGUUGAAGAUAAUCUAGAGUGGCGGCCCCCUGAUGAACUUGCCCCUCCACCAGCACCCAGGCAGUCAGAGCCUCCUUACCUCCUCCCCUGUCCUAGAAUGUAUACCCUGACUAGUGUCCCCACUGUGGGGGCUGCUCUAAGGACAUACUUUUAGAGAGUAUAAGGUGUUGAGAACACUUAAAGGGCAUGUAUGCCUGACCCAAGUUAAGACCACUCCAUAAGCUUUCAAGAUUUGGCAGGUGGGUGUGGAGAUCGGUUUGUCUUGUGGCCACCUAAACAAGGGAACAUAUAUAUGAGACUUGUCUUAUUAAACUGGCCACCUACUCUCUGGAGUGGUCUGAUUCUUUUCCUCGGUCUCUCCCUGCCCUCAGUGUAUGAGGGCUGCUUCCGAUUACACCCAAAAAGUUCCAAGUAGGUUGAGACCAACAGAAGGCACUAAUUCUCUGAGGAAGCAAGAGGAAUGAGAAGCAGCUGGGAGAUUUCUUUGGUCUUCCCAACAGUUGUGCAACAUGCUGCCUGAAACCAUGGGUCACAUGGCUGUGGACAGUGACAAGGAGGAGUAUUAUAGCAGAGUGGAUCAGGAAACACCCCAUCGGCUGCUGAGUUAGAUACCCGAGACUACAGGCUGUAUAUGAACAACAAGGGGUAUUUGCCCAAGGCUGCAUGCCAUUUGCCAUCCAGAUGUCUGGAGGGCUAAGAACCAGGCACUUCAAGGAAAAGGUCAUGUUUGAUCACUGGUGGAAGACUAAUAAAGCAAUCAAGUCGAGACAAAGGAAACUGAUGGAAUUGAAGUCAAAAGCCCAAAUAGCUCAUUUUGAGUUCCAAAUCCAAAAAUAGUCUACACAAGGAAAUGUUCCCACUUCUGUCUCUGCAAUUCCUAGAAGGUUGCUACGGUUGUUGUGUAAAUGUGCAUAAAUAUUUUGUUUUACAAUAUUUUAGUUCCAUUAAAAUGGGUUAAGGGGCCAAUAAAUCAUUGACCUUGAAGCACUUUCCCCCUGGACUUGUUCAGAGUGGAUACAGCCCUGGGCUUCAGGCAAAGAUUAAGCAAGAAGUUAUGUGAUGUCCUCAUGAGCUUUCUAUAUGCCUCUGGAUCAUCUCUGGUCCUCCCAUGAAGAUGCCACCAGCCAACAUCUCACAAGUUCCCAGCUCCAGGACCGGACCAACGAUCUUCCAUUUGGGGAGCAUUGUGGGCUCCACACAAGUGUUCUGUGUGCAGAGUCCUCAGGUCCCUCAGGAAAGGCCUGAUGCUGGAGCCCUGCAUGGUUCUUGCCAUGCCUCUUUCCUGCCUUUCUCCCAACAGCCGCCAAGCCCCAGCAGCAUGGUCCACCUCCCUGUCCAUCGUCCAGAUCCUGGACUUAAAAUUAGAACCUGGAUUCCAAUUCCAUUUGAGAGGAGAUUUCCAUGAACCCUUUCUUCCUCAAAACCAGUAAAAUGACAAGAAGUGAAAUGUAACUAGACCAUCCUCUAGUUCUGGAUUGUAGCAGAAGCUUAGUUGGGAUCCGAAAAAUAGAGAAGGCAAGAGACACGGAGGGACCUUGGUUUCCUAGGGGACUUAGCACCUAUCGCCUUGUCAUUAUCUCUCCAUCAUUCUUCCUGCACAGACCCUCCUUUACAAUCAUCAGCAACCUUCACUACCCUGAACCUGAUCAAGCAUUUAUCACUGGAAACAGGACUUUGAUACAGCUUGAGAGAGAAACAAAUAUCAGGGUUAUGUACUCACCACUCCUCCCCAAACCCAGUGAGGGAAAAACAAAAUUUGAACUUGAAUAAAAUGAACGUCCUCUCUACUUGGACCCUGGGGUUGAAGGGAUCCCAGAAAAGACAAAGGUCAAGGUAAAACUUGGAACUCAGGCUCUUGGCAAACUUGGGGUCUGUCAUACUCCUCACAUUCCUGUCCCCAUCAUUACUGCUCCUUGAAGGAUAAGUUACCAAAGGGGACCACAUAGAUAAGGUGACCUACUGGUGAGUGACAGAUAGAAAAAAGUGCUCAGCAUAUCUCACCUUGAUUGGUGAGACCAGACCUCGACUUAGUGGCUGCUCCCUGGGGAGUCAGGUUCUAGGAUAGCUGGCACUCUGGGGGUUGAAGAAGAUGCCCACAGACUCCAGCUACCCAAACAUGGGCAGCUGUCUGAAACUGUCCUGCAGAUGUGUGCAGAAGCAGCAGCCCCAGGCACCAGUAGGGGUUCCAGGCACUGCAUCCCCAAAAAGGUGCCCCCGUGCAGGUUGGGGCAUCCUGGGGUGGCAUUUAUGAUCCAGAUGGUCACUGAACCACUUUCCCCUCCACCUGCCACUGGACCCCAGGGACAAUUCUGUACCAUGUAAUAGCAUGGAACAUGCCCACAGUAUCACAGGCUCACCAUGGUGCUGCGUUCCAUGAUGACCUAGAGUCAAUGACACCCUCUCACCCCACCUUCUUCUAGAAGCCAGCCAGGAUGUGAGAGAUAUCCCAGGGCAGUGGACCUGGCAAACAAGCCUUCACUGGGGCUGAGCUAAUGCCAGCUGGGCUCUGCCCAACUAUAUGCAGAGUGGUACCCUACUUCUCCAAUCAGGUGGUGCCUACUGAACACCGGAGGACCUUCUGGAAGGGGCAAUGCCCAAGAAGGUCAUGAAGCCCACAGGACCUGUCCUUAUAAACAACCACAGAUGUCUCACUGGGAUCACCCAUGCUAGACCAGUCAUGGGUGAGUUUCCUAUCCACAUUAGAAAAAAUAGGAUGCUCCUUUGGCCAAAGAAGAGGCUAUAAACAAGCUUUGAGAACACUUUCCAAAUGUGUGCUUAUUUCAUCCACUAUAUAGACAUGGAGUUUCAAAUCAGGGUUGUGAAUGGUUUCAUUGAAAGUAAAUUGAACAUGUGAACCUGGAUUCCCCAUCUUCCUUUUGGUUCACCCACACCCACUCCCAGUAUUCCAGUCAAAGCCUUGUUCAGGUACAGGUAGGCAAGGACUGGCAGAGCAGAACAAAGGCCCACAUCCUGGAGUGAAUCAAGAGGGACAGUGGCUCGGUGGGGCUGGACUCAAUCCAUAGGCAGCCAUGGAAAUCCACCAGGACACAUCCCUGGGGUCCAGAGAUAGCUCUCAGCAGAGGGGAAGGGAGGCUGAAAGCCAUGGCUGCAUUCCAGGACCUCUGAGUUCGGCCCCAUGCAAGCAGCCUCCCUGUGAAAAGUGAGAAGCAGCCUAGAAACUACCAACCCUCUACCCACAUGGUUGGGGGCUGAUGAGCGGACACUGGGUGACUUGAGUCUGAAGAGACAAGUGGAUCCAGAACCUCAGUAAGUUUCUGUUGAUACAGAGUUUUCCUUAUGCCAUCCAGAAAUCUGAGGGGACUAUCUCUCCAAACACUUCCAGUCACUUCCAGGGACUUCAGAAACUGUCCUUGCCUCACCCAGGAACCUCCAGUUGUCACCCAUGAAGACCUUCCCUCAGGAAAACCUGAGUGCGCAUUACAAUCAUCCCAGGACCUUCAGAACUGCUGCUAUUCGGGCCCCAACUGGACUACGUCCUCAGACUCACUGAAGAAGGGUUUCCCAAUGCAGAGAAGGGUCCAUCUCCAAGCAGUUCUAAUCUACAACAUCGGUGUGAAGCACUAAAAUCCCAGCCCCCUGGAGCAAGAGACUCCUCACCCAUCAUGGCGGCUUUCAGAUCCUAGAGGAGGGAAUUGGAAUCCUGCCUUCUGCCUUUCCUGCCUGCAGGAUCAGACUGCUGUUCCGUCCUGUUCCUGGACCAAAUUCCCUCCGUUUACUGCAGCUGCUGCUUCUCAGUGGUGAUUAGCAACUCGGCCGAGGCACAGCUGAAUGGACCUGCUCCUUUCCCACUCUCGACCCAACGCCAAUGUGAGGGUUUAAUCCAACGCUGGCUGGAUGUUUCUACGAUUCAACUCAAUUCUGACACUUUCUACCCAGAGGCAGCAUCGGAUCCCACAGGCAAGACCAGGCUCUGCUGGGAUUGUGUUGUCCCCCUCGUGUGUGCAGCCUGUCACCACCCCGAGCCACAGUGGGAUGUCCAGGGGGAAGGAGAACGGGACAGGAGUCAGCGAGUUCCUCCUGCUUGGCAUCACCAGUGACCCAGAGCAGCGGCAAGUCCUCUUUUGGCUCUUCCUGUGUACAUACCUGGUCACCGUGGCUGGGAACACACUCAUCAUCCUGGUCAUUGGCUCCAAUCCCUGCCUGCACACCCCCAUGUACUUCUUCCUUACCAAUCUCUCCUUUGUGGACAUCUGCUUCACCACCAACCUGAUCCCCAAGCUGUUGGUCAGCCACGUAGCAGGAACGUGGACUAUCUCUUACCCCCACUGCUUGACCCAGAUGUACUUCCUCAUCUCCUUUGCCAACCUGGACACCUUGCUGCUGGCGGCCAUGGCACUGGACCGUUACGUGGCCAUCUGCAAGCCCCUACAGUACCACACCAUCAUCACCCCCCAGCUCUGUAGGGGACUGACUGCACUCAUGUGGACGAGCGCGGGCCUCAUCUCCCUACUCCACACACUCCUCAUGAACAGACUGACCUUCUGCUCCUCCGCCCGGGGGAUCUCACACUUCUACUGCGACGCCUACCUGCUGAUGAAGAUUGCCUGCUCAGACACGCACAUCAAUCAGCGCGUGUUCCUGGGCGCCGUGGUCCUGUUUGUGGCCCCCUGUGUGCUCAUUGUGGUCUCCUACGUCCGCAUAGCUGCAGCCAUCCUCCGGAUCGCCUCCACCCCAGGAAGGCGCAAGGCAUUUUCCACAUGCAGUUCCCAUCUGUCUGUGGUCACCCUGUUCUAUGGAACUGUCCUGGGGGUAUACAUACGACCCCCCAACUCCUUCUCGGCCCAGGACACAGUAGCAACCAUCAUGUACACAGUGGUGACCCCCGUGCUAAACCCAUUCAUCUACAGCCUGAGGAACCAGGACAUGAAGAAGGCUGUAAGAAGACUCUUCAGCAGGGGCUCCAAAUCCUCUUAGCAGUGAUGAGCACCAGGCUGAUAUCCGGAGAGGUCCAGGAUGUCAGGAAAUGAAACACAAUUCCACCAUCGCCUCACCCACCCCCACUUCCACACCCUGACAGAUUAUUUUCUGAGAAGAAGCCUGAAAUUAGAGGACUUUUAAAUGUAUUCUAUCUCUGAGAAACUUGGGCUCCUUCCA